UCAUGGCCUGUGCUAGGAGGGAAGAGGACUGGGCACACGGCAUUUGCAAGCGAGACUGAGUUAGCAACAUUGAGGAACAACAAAACAACAUCAGAAUGAGUGUCAACACUGUGAGGUUUACUCUGGUGGUACUUGGUAUCUUCGGGUGGGCUCUGACACACUCCUCAGCCACCCAAAUGGGUCUGACUGACAAAGUCCUGGUCUUUCCUUAUGAGACGGACUUCAGCUUCGUGGCCCUGCUCCCGCAGAAGGAGAUGGGGCUGAGGGCCUUCACUCUCUGCAUGCGUGUGGCCACUGAGCUGCCAGAAGAGCGGCAGAUCAUCCUGUUCGCCUACCGUACGGCUGACUAUGACGAGCUCAACGUGUGGCGUGAGAAAGACGGACGGAUCUCCUUCUACAUGAGCGGUGACGGCAUCUUCUUUCACCUGCCAGCCCUCUCCACCUUCCGCACUAGCCUCUGCCUGACCUGGGAGUCUCACACCGGCCUCACUGCCUUUUGGGUAGAUGGGAAGCGCAGCACCUACCAGGUCUACAAACCCGGGCAUAGCAUCCGUCCACAAGGCACCGUCCUCCUGGGGCAGGACCCAGACAAACACCUGGGGGGUUUGGAGGCUGUGCAGAGCUUUGUAGGAGAGGUGACCGAUCUGAAUAUGUGGGACUUUGUGCUCUCCAGGAGCAUGAUCCAGGCCUGGCACUACGGACACAAGGUCCCCAAGGGCAAUAUCUUUGACUGGGGCACUAUUGAGUACGAGCUGAACGGAAACGUGAUGGUGGUGGAUGAUGACUGACUCGAUGUGGAGUCAAAUUCAGGGAGGCGUGACGCGUUGGAGAUCUGUGUCGGACUGAUACUGAUAUGUGUGAUGGUCUUUCUUAGAUUCAGUGUUGUUUUGUGUUAGGGCCCUUCGACUGUUCUUCCAUGAUGCAUGAAGAACCUCAGAGAAUAGAAAGGAGCAGUGUUUUUUGUGCUUGGCUUGCACUUUGUGGUCCACAGAAGUCACAUCAGUAACUCCUUUGUAUCUCAAAGCUUCAUUCUUUGAUUGUCGUGAGAACAAACCAGUAAAUAUCAAGCACAAAAUGUUCUAGAUGUGUCCAUGGGGUGGCACUCUCUACUAGUUCACACAUCAAACAGACGCUUGUGUAAACUGAAGCAUUAUCAUGCCUCCAUCUGCGAAUGUGAUUUGGCAUAGUUACAUUUGUGGAGGCCACCAAUAACUGAUUCAAAUGUUAAAAACAAAACAUUUGCUACAAUCUUGACCAAUUUAAAUUCAUGAAUUGUAGUUUUAUCUGCAGAGACUAAACAUUUAGCAAAUAAAAAUAUAACCGUGAUACUAUAAUGUAUUUAAAAGCAAAUUGUAACCUUUAGAAAUAUGUUUUAAACUGCAAUGCAACUAUAAGUUUAUAGACAUUUACAGGUAAAAUUGUUCCCAAAUAUCUUCUUUUGUCAGGAUUUUAACAUUAACAACAAAUAUAACUAUCACACAUGCAGUUGUUUGUCCAGUGAAACUGAUGAUAAAUAUGUGAAUGAGAUAUUAAAACAACAAAACUGUGAGAUGCAAUAUUUCUGCUGUAGACUUGAUGAUUUAACUGCACUCAGAGACAAAUAGCAAUUAUCAUGUUUAGAAUCCAUUGCCAUAAUGUUGCCUUCGGUUAGCAUACUCACUCAUGAAUUUUCCAUGUUUCGACUGAUGUAAGAAUGCUUUUGGGUCUGAAAUAAAAUCUUGCCAUGUGCAUAACUAAUAAUGUUUGUAAUUAAAGAGAAUAUUUCAUCUUUGAA